AUAAUGGCAGUCGCUACUGCAGACACGUACAAUAGGUCAACAUUGCUACUGCUGCACUAGGAUGGCCCUGACGUCUCAGCACUGAGCCUCAGUUAGAGAGCUCUAGAAACGACACGUCCCCUCCUCCUCCUGCUCCUCCUCUCUGGGUGAGAACAGAGGGAGAGAGGCUGUCACUGCAGCACGAGGCUGGCCCAGCUGACACUGUGACUGGAGCAGUGGCUGCCUGGCAGAGGCAUUCUGUGCUGUGGAUAUUAUCUCUUUCCUGUACGUAGGGUUUAUUCCAUAUUGAUCCCAGUCAUUCCCCAGUGGAGGAACAGGAGCUCUGGAACGUCUAGUGACCUAUGAGGUGAUGAUGGGGGAAGAGGGGCGAUGAACUGGAAGAAAGGAGGGAGAUACUAACGUGCAGUUUUGGUUGCAGUUUUGUGUGUAAAUUGCAGAGCGGGGCUGAACGGCAUCAUUACUGACCUUUCUGCACAUUGUUUAGCCAGCUUCACCGGUGGUGAUGGAGUCUGAGGAGCCAGAGCUGAGGGAGUGCGAUGAAGCCUUUGAGUCAGAUGAAGGCAAUGUAGAGUCUUACCUGGAAGAGCCAGAGAGCAGCAGGGAGCUCCUGGAGAGGCUCAAGGAGCUGGAGGCUGAGAAUUCAGCCCUGGCCCUUGCGAAUGAAAGCCAGAGAGAAGCCUAUGAAAGGUGUCUGGAUGAGGUGGCCAAUCAUGUGGUACAGGCCCUUCUGAAUCAAAAGGACCUGCGGGAGGAGUGUAUUAAGCUGAAGAUGCGUGUGUUUGACCUGGAGAGACAGAACAAAACCCUGACUGAGCUCUUUGCCCAGAAACUACACCCCCAGGCCAGCCAUCUGCAACAGUUGGUGUCUGUCACAGAGCCCAGCACCGAGCCCAGCACCGAGCCCAGCACCGAGCCCAGCACCGAGCCCAGCACAGAGCCCCUGAUCAUGGACAGUGACAAAUUGCUGGUGUCCAAAAACCAGGGGGAACUCAAGAGCAAUGGGGACCGCACACAGAACGGGUCAGCCGCAUCGGCCCGGGCCCCUGCCACCUCCAUGGAGGCCCUGUCUCCGUUUUUCAAGAAGAAAGCACACAUCCUAGAGGUCCUGCGGAAGCUGGAGGAGUCAGAUCCACUCAAGUUCCACCGCUCCUCCUGCCUGUCCCCCCACCAUGACCUGGGCCAGGUGCCGGUCUCCAUGGAGAGAGACCAGAUAUCCCUGAUGUCAUCUGAGGCAUUACCUGCCCCACAGCGCCCGGUGGCACAACCAUCGUCACGCUGCCACCACUCCAGCUCUGACUCGGACAUUCACGAUUAUGCCAAUGGAGAAGGGGCUCUCCAGAAGGACCAUGCCCAGCUUCAGCAACAACAACACGGGAGAUGUCAGUCCUGCCACAUACUCUCCCAGAAGAGCAGCCUGGACAGCCUGCUGAAGUGUUCCCAGGGCUACGGUGCCUCACACCAGGCCAGAGUGGAGAUCCUUAACAGGCAGGCCAGUGCAGAGGACCAGGGGGCAUCGGCACAGAGCACAACCCCUCCCCAAGCAGCGGCUUUUUCCCACCUCCUCUCUGCUGACAGCACAAACCAGUGCUACAUGCGCAAAACAGCUUUGGACUUUCUAGAGCGCACUCCAGAAGGUCUGGGUUCUUCUGAUCCUUUCCUCUCCUUGCUAAUCCAAGCCAACCUCAACGGGAUGCUAGGGCAGGAGCCCAGGAAGUUACAAAAACACACAGACAAGCAUCCGUCUGGCAAACCGCCGCCUCAGGCGGAGGUACAGCCCUCUCACGGUGAGGAUAUAAAGCACAUAAAGGCUGUCAUGGCAACGUCGCAGAGCCAGAACGAGGACAGUCUGGAAGAGUGCUGCUACCUGGAAGUAGAGGCAGCGGCACACAAUGUGAACAACCGCCUGCACUCUUCUACCUCACACACAGACCAUGUUGAGACGGAACCAGGAUAUCCCAAGGAGCAGGAAGUGAGUGAUCAGAUCUGCAACGGGCUCUACUUCUCCAAUGAAACGUCUGUCUCCAAGAAGGUGGCGGUGGAAUCUUACUCUCCAGCCCCAGUGCCUGACAGGAACAGCUCAGCUCAGGCCCUGAAUCCCUCUGGGAAGAGCAAGCUUGCACUCAGCCCCACCUCUCCCUCUUCAGGUCUGAGUGAAGUCAAGCCCUCCCCUAUCUCAUCCCCGUCCCGGCUGCUCAAGUUCCUGAAGAUCCCUCCGGGGAUCAACCAGGCAGAACCAGGCAAUCCCCUCCGUCUAAGUCCCCAGCUCCCCCGCAGCUCCAAGAUCCCCUGCAGGAACAACAACAACUAUGAGGUGUACCACUCUCCCGUCCUGACCCGCAAAGCCACCACCACAGAGAGGGAGAAGCAGCCAUCCUCAUCCUCCUCCAAAACAGACCCCUACCCUGCCACACACUCCGCCCCCACCUCCCCACCCAAAUCAGAGGACAUUGUGAACACCCCUCCCAUGGCCAAGGAGAUUGUUUUCAGCAGCCACUUUGUGCCCAAACCCAGCGACAGCACAAAGGCAUCCCCCUCCUCUCAUGCACAAAGGGGCUCUCGGAAGGUACCCCAAUACGAGAAUGUCUGCCCCUCAGAUGGGACGCCCCAGUUCCUGGAGGGUCUUAAGAAGUCCCAGUACCCCCAACACGAGGGUCCUGUAGAGAAGCAUUGUCAGCAAGAUGAGAGCCUCCUCAGCCCCCCGUCUUCACAGCACCCUGACUCGUCCCCAGGGACGGCUGACCAGGACUUCUCUGACCGGGACACUGACUCAGAAAGCCCCAUCUGGCACAAGCCAAACCAACACUUCAGCCUCCCCUCCUCGUCCUCCUCCGCCGCCAGUAAAGCACAAAGUAGUCACCCCAGGUACUCCAGCAUGAGGGACAGGCACCAGGAGCACCGUGCAGCUCCAGAGCCCAGCCAACAGAACUGUGAACCUGCCCAGCCAACUCAGUCUUCAGCCAGGCGAGGUGACCCCAAGAGACUGGUGCAGGGCAAGACUUCCCAGAGUGAGUCCAGUCACUACCCCUUCAAAGAGCGCCUGGCUGCUUUGGGGAAACUGAAGAGCACAGAAGAUCUGCCAGUAGGUGCACAGUCUGUGGACAAGAAGGAUGUACAAAGUAACCUAGGCAAACCCCCCACCAACAAUAUUGAGAAAAGCAAGACUGCUGAAAGGCAAGGUGAGCGAACUGGAGCAGAGCAGCACAGAAAUCAGAAAUCCACUGAUUCCCUGGAUGGGAAGCCCUACCCCAAAACCAGCCUCUGCAGUCACACUAGGGUGAUAGGUCCAAUACAUGAAUCGGGCACCAAAUCCUCAGCCACCCCAUCAAUGAUACCCAAGGGAGAGCAGGAGACACCGUUUUCUCCCAGGAUAUAUGUAGCAAAAGCAGAGGGUCCAAAGAUCAAGAUGGGCACAUCAUCCUCCAACGCAGAGAAUCCUCCAGUGAUGCGGAGCUAUGGGAAAUGCCCCAUCACCCAGAGCCACCACAGUAAAACUGCCCCCAGCCCACAAAACAGCCCCACUAAAGUCCCGUCAAAGUCCCCUUCAAAGGUAGGUCAAGCUUCCUCUUAUCCCAGAGGGGUCAAACCCAUUCCUGAGGACCGUGCCCUGGCUCAGAGAAACCCAAUUCGGCCAGAGGACAAAACCAAGCUCCCGGCCGGCAAGAAGAAGACCUUUGGCCAUGCAGAGAGCUUCCCGCCUCCCCCUCUGCCACCACGGCCGUCUACUGAAGCCAUCGCAAAAGAGGACAAAAAGCCGUACUCGUCUGGCCCACCCGUGCUCCAGUCUGCCAUUGAGCAGAAAGUAAUGCGUGGCAUCGAGGAAAACAUGCUGAAGCUGCAGGAGCAGGACCAGGGCCAGGUGUCCGAGCCAAAGCAGAAGGCCUCCAAUGGCAUCGCCAACUGGUUCGGCCUGAGGAAGAGCAAGCUCCCCGCCCUCAACCGCAAACCGGAAGUGUCCAAGUUCAAGAUCAACAUGUCCUCAUCUCUUUCGUCAUCGUCUGCCUCUGGCGGAGGGGCUAAGGACCCUAAGACAGGUGGUCCCCAGAAGGUGGUGGAGAGCCUGAACAUCUCCAAGCUAAUGGAGAAGGCAGAGGACCUGCGGAAGGCGCUGGAAGAGGAGCGGGCAUAUGUGAACAGGGUCGGGAUGGACCACUCUGGCAGAGGCCACUCAUGUGAGGUGGUGACGGACCAGGCCCAAGGCCAACUGUCACUCAUGUGCAGAGGAUUGACCGCAGAGAACUUCAUGCAGCAGCUCCUCAACAGUCCCUCGACGUCUUGUUCUGGAAACAGGGUGGAUGAGAGGGGAGCUAUACCUACCACCUUUGGAAUGACACACAGACGCCUCUCCUUUGACUCUAAGAGGUCGCGGCCCAACUUCAGUCACCAGAGGAACGGGAUCAGCCACACCAAGAGCAGGGACGAGAUAGCCCAGGGUUCGGUUAUGAUCGGCAAGGAUGAGGUCACAUCAGAAGACAGCUUGGCAGAGUCCAUUAGUUCUCAGCAUUUUACAGGUUCUGGGGCCUCCAUGCGCACCCUCGACAGUGGCAUUGGCACGUUCCCCAUGCCAGACUACGCCAGUAGCAUGGCAGGGAAGAGCAUCCCUAAGGGGAAGCCACAGGGAGAGCAAGGGUUUUCUUGCUCCCAGGGUAAGCAUGGGGCCAUGAUGAAGGUUCCGCGUAAGGCCCAUACACUGGAGAGAGAGCUGUCAUCUCUGGAUGAAGUCAACCUGUAUGGCUCAGGGCUGGAGGGAAAAGGUACCAACAUGCACCUGUCCAGUACAAUCCACGAGGAUAUAGAUGCCUAUGGAGCUCAUAUGCAAAAUCCCCUCACCAAGAACUGGACCUUUCCCAAUCUGAAAGGCUCUGCGGGAGCCACUGAUGUUUACCUGGAUGUGCAGGGAGACCUGGGGACCCCAUCCAGAAGGAGUUUGAAACAGUGUUCCCCCCAGCGCCCCCUGGCCACUGACCCAGGCAGCCUCCCCCUGCCACUCCAGACAGGGCUCAGCCAGCGGGGUAUGGGGCGGACGCCCAGCGCCUCGGAGGUGGGGAAGGACGGAGGGCUGGGGCUGGUGAAGGAGAGACCAGAGGACCUCCUGUCCCUGAGAGAGACGCCUGAAUCCCUCAGUGACUCCCUCUACGACAGCCUGUCCUCCUGUGGCAGCCAGGGCUAGGACCCAGGGACAGAUAGGGGAACAGAGGGAGAGAUGGACCAACCGACACCCUUUAAACCACAGCUAAUGAUGCACAUCCAUCCCUCCUUGUAAUGGUGGCCCAGCCCAUAAGGCAGACCAAGUUGAAGUACCUCCUUCCCUCUUCCACACACACAGCUCUCUCUGCUGACCCUGUCUACUUUGCUGAGAUUUGGUUAGUACUGCUGGAAAAAUCACCCUCAGGUUGACUGAUGUUCACACACAUCAUUUGUGGAACUAGACUGAGAAUUGGGCGCUAUUGUUCUCCAAGCAACAAGCAUCUGAUGACAGACCAGCUCAACUCAAAUGUGUACACACACCGACGAGAUGCAUGGGGAAAUAACACGUUCAAGACAGCCACACGAUCACCAUGGUCUGGAUAAUCUGAAGAAUUGUUGUUAAAUAAUUUAACCAGGCUCCUGAGGUCGGCCCCAAGAAGUGGCUGGUAUCAGGGGUUUUUCAAGUCUGUCCUGGAUGUGGACACGUUUCAGUCUAGGAAAAUUGGGCAGCCAUUAAUGCCAGAAAACAACCACAUUUUACUGCCCACUAAAUAUGUCGCAAUGUGGGGAUCGACUACAAUAAACUUCCCUGUUUUCAGUUAUGUUUUUUGUUUUUUUUAACUGUUGUGCUUUGUUACAUGUUAUGUAUCAUGUAAUUUUAAGUUAAAUAAAAAAAAAAGUGUGGGUAUGAAUGGAAGGAUGUGUGUAUGUGAGUGAGACUUAAUGCAGGGUCUCCACACUAGCUAUGACUAUGAGCUUCUGACCGGGGGAAAGAAGUUCACACUUUCUCUGAAGCUGCCAUAUAGUGUGCUGUUUCACAACCUACUGUAACACAUAGUGGCAGAUCAUGACAACAGCCAUUAUAUUACACUUAUGACCAGACAUUACCUAGUAGUGUAUGUGUUAUGGACAAUGAAAUGCGAAGGAUCUCAACCAAGAGUCAAAUGUUUUACAUGUGUUUAAUCCAUUGUCAGACUGUUUUACACAGUGAAACAUUUGUCAGGAAUAAUGCCAUUAUAACAGCAUUAUAUAGGCAUCCUGUGAAUGCGCCAUUAACAAUGAAGUUCUAAACUGAGCUGCUAUUUAAUACUCAAAAUAGUUUGACAAGCUGAAAGAGUAAAUAAGUAACACGAUCCAUCCACCUUUUAUAUACUAUAAACUGAGUUGGCAUACAUGAGCCAGGAUUCAAUUUAAGACGUGUUAAAGAACAGCGUACUUUAACAGACUUUUUAAAGGUAAUUUGUGCUUAACCUGACAUGCACAGUGUUUCCCAUCGGCUUUUUAGGCCACUGCUCUAUAACGCACCCUGCCAAAAAUCUUGUUUGGCACAGGUUCCAUAUUUGUCUAAAAUGCUCCACUAAAGCAAAAAGAUGGAUGUAGGCCUUCCUUGUGAAGAAGUAACGAUCCAGCCCCACUGAACAUAGAGUAGUUGCUUACUUCUGCAAUAUGGGCCAAUGUUUGGCUUUAACAGGCACAGACAGAUACGCAUUCAAUCAAUUUACUGUUGUACAAUUAAGAAAGACAAAAUGUCUGUGCUAUAGGAAUGUUAGACAUGGAUCAUUGUACGAUCACCAUGAUGUACACACAAGUGUUUUGGCAGGCUUACAGAUAUGUUGCAGGAUGAAGAGUAUGGUUUCUAAACACAUUUAGCAUUCGUAAGAAUCAGAGGUUAUCCUAAUGGAGAAGUGCUGUAUUUAAAUGUAUUUCCUAAAGUGCACUACUCUGGUUAAAAGUAGAGCGCCCCUUGUUUAAACAGCCACUUCAGAACAGCACCAAGAGACACUAAGAAGGACAUGGACUCCUCCCUCCCUCCCUCCCAGCCCAUGUACUUGAUUAUGUCCUCAUAAGUAGUUCCAUCCGCUUCAUAACUCCCCACAAACUUCUUCAGGGAUAAGACAUCCUUGUGCUUCCAAACUCUGCUUUCAGAAGCAUGUGAUCUUUCCAAACUAACAUGGAUUUGACUUUUCUCAAGUUCACAUUUUUUCAUAAUCCCACUUUGAACAUUGCUUGUCCUUCAGCCCCCCCUUGGAGUUAACAUAAUAACUACUGUGUUAUACCAUGGAAAUGGAGAUCUGACUGUUACUGUAUAUACACUUCUCUGUGAGAACAGAUAGAUUUGAGUUGAAGAGGUUGUCUUCCAGGAUAUGUGCUGCCGGUCCACCCUUUCAACCCCAUCUGAAUCAUGGCUAAAGGAAAACAAGUGUGUGACAUGAAGCCCAUUCUCUUUUACAAUCAUCUCAAAAUUCAAAUGUUUCCAUGGGACAUAUUUAACACAAUCAUUUUGUCUUGGAUCACUGUGUUCUACGUUGCGACCAAACCAUAUACAACUAAAUAAUAACUAACCAACUACAGUACUUCAGAUGGUAGCAUUUUUCAUUCCACCAGAUUCCAUUGGAAGUAACUGGGAGAUCCAUAUGUAGCUACAUGUUAACACCAUGGUAACACACGUCAUCUAUCUGCAGGGAAGACUUUAUGGACUCCCUCUCUGUCAUUCAAACACCAUACACCUUAACUAUGGCAAUGCUGACCAGGAUGGAGUGGCAUAGAGGUGAACUCUUUACUUAAUAUGUUUGCUUUAUGGACUCAAUUUAUCUCACUUCAUUCAAAGAGGUUGUUGCAGCUCUAUCUAUUUGUUGUAUUUAUUUAUUUAUUUUUGAGGGCAAAUCCUAAUCAAUGAACUUUUUGUUAUUGUUGAUGUCGUUGACAUUGUUGUUAUAGAUGUUUUUAUUCUGAUAACGAUUUAUUUUUGUACUAUAGUCUUAUUUAAUUAAAGUUAUUUUUUUCCAUGA